AUGGCCGCCAUGAUCUCACGCAGAUUCAGCUCCAAGCUUGCAAGGCUCUCUCAUCCUUAUUCAUCAUGGUCUGUAUCCUCCGCCUACCUCAUCACCCAGAAUCUCCAAGACUCUACGCCUAAACCCUUCACCCACUCCUCUAAUUCCACUUUCUCACAAUCACACUCAAACCCCAUCACCGUUGUCAAAGACUACAAAACAGCACCAAAUCCAAAACCCAUGAACCCCAAUCUCAGUUGGGUACCAACUAGAAAAUCCAAUCAAAGACCCAGAUUUCUUUCAACCUCUAGUUCACCACCAUCAGAAUCUGAAAAGCCCCAAAACCCAAGUGAAUACCCUAGUCAAAACCCUGAUUUCAAGCACCAAGAAAUUGAAGGACCGACCGUGGAGCGAGACCUAUCGUCCUUGGCCAAUGAGACCAGAGAAGUUCUUGAAGGGAUGGCAAAGAACAUGUAUAAUCUGAGCAGGGCAUUUGCUCUUCUGGGGUUGGUCCAGCUUGGUGUUGGAGCUUGGAUUUCAUACAUAACCAAGUCCACGCCAAUUCCAGAGGUCUCAAUUCAGAGCAUUUUGGCAUUUGGGUUGCCGAUCUCAUUGGCAUUCAUGUUGAGGCAGAGUUUGAAGCCGAUCUACUUCUUUAAGAAGAUGGAGGAGCAAGGUAGGUUGCAGAUUUUGACACUCACUCUUCAGGUUGCUAAGAAUUUGAAUGUCUUCUUUGUUCGGGUUCGCGGGGUUUCUUUCUUGUGUGUUGCUGGUUUGUCAGUUGGAGUCUUGUUUGCUGUGCUUACAAGAUGA